AUGGCGAAGCUCGACUCUUUAGAGCUGAACGCGGAGGCGCAUCUUCUGCUUGACCAACCGCUCCUCCGCCUCCCCUACGCCCAAUCCCGCCAAACCUUCAAAACCGCCCAACGCCACCUCGAACACGCCGCGACCUCACUCCAAAAAGACCUGGCCGCCGCGCUCAAAACCGCCAAAACGCAGCAGCAACAGGACCCGGACAAACUCGUAAAGGACAUCGACGCCAUGAUCGCCAAACUGCGGACCCUGAAGCGCAAACUCUCGGCCCUGCACGACGACGAGAAGAAGUACAACGCGGCGAGCAGAGCGCGCAUCUCGCACCUGAGCGAGCUGUACUCGAUGCGCACGCUGAGCGACGUGCGGUUCGAAAGGUGGAGCCGCGUGCGGCUGAAUCGGUUGCUGGUGGAUUACCUGCUAAGGAACGGGUACAAUGGGAGUGCGUUGGCGUUGGCGAGGAGCACGGGGAUCGAGGAUCUGGUCGAUCUGCAUGCGUUUGGGACGGCCAUGGAGAUCCAGGAGAGCUUGGCCGAGAGGCACGAUGCGGGCAAGGCGUUGGCGUGGUGUAAGGAGAAUUCGCAGGCGUUGAAGAAGUUGGGUGGGGAUUUGGAGUUGCAGUUGAGGUAUCAGCAGUAUAUCGAGAUGGUCAUGGGGCAGAAGAAGUUGUUGGAGGCCAUGGCACAUGCAAAGAAGUAUCUUGGGGGCAUGCCAGAGCACAUCUACGGGCAGGCGGCCGGGUUGUUGACGUUUAAGCCGUGGCAGAACCUGGAGCCGUAUGCGUCCGCCUACUCCCCUGCCCGCUGGGACCACCUCGCGCACCUCUUCCUGACGACGCACAACACGCUCUUCUCCCUCCCGCCCCGACCCCUCCUCCACAUCGCCCUCUCGGCGGGUCUCUCGGCCCUCAAAACGCCCGCCUGCCACUCCUCGCAACCCCACCAAAGUCUCUCCCACCCCUCCUCGUCCGCCUCCCCCAUCGACCGCACCACCGUCUCCCUCUGCCCCAUCUGCAGCACGGAACUCAACGCCCUCGCCGAGAACGUGCCGCAGGCCCUGCACACGAAGAGUAUCGUCGAGGAUGACCCGCGCGUGUUGCCGAAUGGGAGGGUGUAUGGGAGGGAGCGGUUGGAGCGGUUCAACAAGGAGGUGGGGACGGAGAAGGGGUGGGUGAGGGAUCCCGGGGGUGGCGUCGAUGGGGAGAAGUUUCGCGAGUCGGAGGUGAGGAAGGUGUUUAUUCUGUAG